AUGAGUAGUGAAAUUGAAAAAAUAUUAUUAGACUUUAAAGAGACUAAACCAGGCGAUAAAAUAGUUAUUGAUAAAAUUUUACAAAAAGAUGAGCAAUUUGGUCAGCCUUAUUUACCUAUUAAACUGAUUGGGGAAGUAAUUAAGAAUGGAAAAAAUAAGAAAAUACAUGUAGGCAUUGAAGGGGAAGAAGAAAUUCAAAAAUUAAUUCGCCAAAUUAAAAAUGAAUAUCAGGAGGGAAUUGAUUUUGAGUUUGUGGCUCCAAAUUUAGUUAAACAGGGUGGCGGAGGAGUUCAAAAAGGCGACCAAGAAGAAAACGAUGUUUACUAUCGAAUUGGCGAUAAUAGUGUUGAAUACGAUAGUUUGGAUUAUGUAACAAAAGGGAUUUAUCGACACACCAAUAACAGUCUAGGACCAAAUAAAUGGUAUAUUCCAGGAACAGAAAUCAUUGGUCGCUUCCACCCUGAAUGUGCCAAAAAAAAUUUUGCUGAAAAAGGACAAUCAAACGAAAAUAAUACGCGAAUAAAAGAAAAAAUUCUCCGCAAUUUAGAUAAAAUAAGUUUCGACCAAGCAGGACAUUUGGCUAAUGCCGAAUUAUUGAAACGCCCUUAUGAAUACGGCACCGAACGCAAAGAGAAAAUUGAAGCCAAAAUACAGCAAAUUGAAAAUCAACUUCGAACGGAAACUAAUCCAACUAAAAGACAAGAACUAACCAACGAGAUUCAAAAGUUAAAUCAGGAAUUAGCAGCGACUAAACCCUCACCAAAGGGGACAUUCCCUGACCGAAAUUCUGUCCCAAUUACUUACUGGAUUGUCGGACUUUCAAUUAUUUCCUUAAUCGGAUUGGUGGUUCUAAUAGUAGCAAAAGCCAGACCAAAAAAGAAUAAAAUUAAAUAA